AUGGCAGUGGGGAUGGCGGACUUGGAGCCGCGGGCGAGCCUGGUGUCCAUUGCCUCGGCGCCGGAUGAAGUCGAUUUCAGCGCCAUCAUGGAGCUGAUGACCUCCAAGUACACCUUGGACCUAGUGGACCGGCACGUGGCGGCCAUCCGGAAGCUUUGCAAGGUGUGCUGCAACGGCUUCUUGCUGAAACACCUGGAAGCUUUGGUCGAGCUGCUCUACUUGGCUGUGGAGCGCUUUUCUGAAGGUCAGGAUCUGCUAGCGCAGGCCUUGUGCGACUUCACUCGUGUGGCAUCCCAGCCCUUUGUGAGCUGCAAGACCUCGGACAUGAUCACCUACGGGCACCAUUUGCCUGCCUUCGUAAAGGGCCUGGUCAGCGUCUUGAGCUUCACCCUGCCCACCGAGCCCCCCGCGGACCCUGCAGCGAGGCCACAGUGGGAGCAGAAGAAGGCGACCUGCGAGCGGCUACGGAUUGAGGUGGCGCACACCUUGGCCUGCUGGGCCCGGUUUGGGUUGGACGAAGAUAGCGUGGAGUUGUUGCCCAACCAGCCGCUGAUUCAGGCAGUGGCGGAUUCAGGCACGCCCAAUUUGCGCAUCUUGCGGCAAUCCAACGUCAUGGACGCCAUCUCGGCUUCCUUCAGGUCAGAAGACAGUCCUGAGUCCAUCGUCAUCACAAUGGGCGCCAUUCGGGACAUGUCACUGUAUCGGCCGUUGGCUUGUCAGAUCACAAAUUGUGGCUUGAUUUCCAACUUGGUGCACGUGAUUCGAGUGAACCUCCUGGGCUCCGAUGUGCUGCUAGUGGCAGCAGAGGUGCUCUGGAACGUUCUGGAAUUAGAUUGGGACGGUGCCACCGAAGCACUGGGACAAGAAGAGGUGAUUGAAUCCUUUAGGGAUUUCAUGAACGCGGUGCUGACGAGAGGCUACAGAUUUAAGGAUAAGAUCUUCCGGAAUGACAUGAUGGUGCUAUUGAUGUACAUCUCCAAGCGCGUGGAGAACCGGGUCCUUUUUGCCUCGACUGGACUCAUGGCACUACUCCUGAGCUAUUCCCUCUCAGAACAGAGACGGAAGGAUCUUCAGGCGAGCGGCAUCCUCAAGGAGCUCCUGCCGGACAUGAAGGUAUUGCCAGAUUUGGAUGAGGAGAAAGCGCCAAAGAAGGGCAUUCCCAUCACCAACACGCAGGAGGACAUGGAGUUCCGCACGCUGCUGUGGGGCACCUUGGCGCGGUGCUGCUCCUCCGAGCAGUGCGCCGAGGUGGCGGUGCGCUGCGGCCUGGUGGAGUCUUUGCUGGAGUGCUUAGAUGCGGAGCCCCCGACAGAGCAGCAGAAGUGGAGCCAGGAGCAGCGGAGGCAAGUGCAAUUGGAGGCUUUGGCGGCACUCUUCCAGCUGGUGCAAUAUAUGCCGGACGCCUUCAUGGACGCCCAAGGAAAUGGCACGGUGUUGCAGCUACUGCAGGCCACACGCAGCCGGGAGGUGCAGAAAAAGUGCCUGCACCUGCUGCAGGUUGCAGUGCGCAUGGGCCGGCAUUUCGCAGAAAAUCUUGGCCAACUUGGCGCCGUCGGGACCUUGGUGGAGCUUUUUACGGACAAGGACAACCCCAUGACCUCAAGGCAGAUGUGCGCCUCAGUUCUGGCGACCAUGUGCAAGGAGUGCCCGGACAAUGCCCGAGAGUUCCGCAAGAAAGACGGGGUGGAAGCCAUGAGAGAUGAAGUGAUCUAUCGCCCGGGCGAGACAACCGACAACCAUUUGUUUUAUAGUCUUUGCGUGGUGGACUGCGUGUGGAACUCAGUGGUCGGCACUCGGAAGAACGAGAUCCGCUUCCUGGACGCGGGGGGAUUGUUCGCCUUGCUGGACUGCCUGGAGGUGGCCCCGAUGAUCCUGAAGCGGCAGAUCAUCGGGUGCCUGGCGGACCUUAUGGAGUACAAGAAGGCUGCGAAACUCUUCACUCAGUGGAACUCCCAGGUGACCAUGAAGGGAGCCUUGCGACUGCUGCUCGAGCUUUGGCAGAGCGAGCAGCAGGCGGCGGGCAACUUGGCACCCGACGGGGUCAUCACCGAUCUGGAGCAGCCGCUGAAUCCUCGCACUUCACCAUCCGAUCGGAUGGCAGACAUUGAUGAUGGUGAGAGUACCAUCACCAGCACCAGCCGCUUCGCGAACAAGUUCCGGCACGCCAAGAAUUUUGCAGACACCGCCACCAGUGCUGCCGCCCGGACGACCAUCUCCAAGGGUUUUGAGCAAGCCUCGGCAUCCGCGCAGGCAGGGGCAGCUUCGCUAGGGUCUCAGCAUUGA